UGCAUGUUUCUGUUUAUUGCAUGUUUCUAGUAUUAUGUAUUCUCACAGUUUGAUUUCGUCAUGAAUUUGAGAUGAGUCUUGAAUGUAUUGAUAGUGGCACCUAAAUCUUGUGAAAUACACAGUUGUAGCAUGAGCACCAUUUGAUAAAACUUGCAACAUAGAAGAUCCAGUUUUAGCUCCUGUUACCUCCUUGGUGGUUGGAAUUCAUUAAAUUCCUAAUUGGGAUUCUGUUGAGAUUAGUUUUUAAUUAAGAAGAGCAUUCUUUAAAAGGAAAAAUAAAAUAUUCACAAUAUAAAAUGUAAAUAUUUAAGGAAACAAAUGCAUUAUGAAAUGUAAUAUGAUACAGACAAUUAUUUAAAUAUUAAAAUGGCAUUAUAAAAAAUACAAAGGCAUUUAGAGACAGUCAAGAAAUAUAAUUUAUUGAGAUAAUUAUAUAUAUUUUUAAUUAUUAGUUCAUUGUAAUAAAACAAAAAAAUCUAAUUAUUCUAAUUUAAUAAUUGCAGUCUCUUCCUCAAAUUUUGCAUUGUAUGUCUGGUCGUAUCUGUUGGUUUCUGCUUGUGAUGCUUUUGAACUUGUGUAUAUUUACAGAGAUGGAGGCAAAACUCAGAGUAAUAAUUGAUGAUCGAAUUGAAAAAUUGGUUCUUCCAUCGGGAAUCCCGCACACUAUGUAGGAGCUGCAAGCUGUUGUAAAGGAGACCUUUGGAAUUUCUAAUGACUUCAGUCUUCAGUAUCUGGACUCAGAAUUUGAAGAUUACUUUACCCUGAAUAAAAGUGAUCAAAUUAAACACAAAGACACCAUAAAGGUUGUUCACACUGCCCCAAUUCUUCUUAACUUGUAUCCAGUUGAUGAAAGUUUCGGCAGUACCUCUGGUCAACCAUCAACUGACUGUGAGUCUGCAUCUUGUGAAGAGUCGACUACAUCAUUUGCAGAGCCAUCUGGUGAAUCCUCUUCUUCCCAUGACACCAUUAUUCUUUCUAGGCGAAGUUCCACAGAACGAUGUCAGCCAUGGCCAAAGCAGUUCCCCAUUCCACAGUUUGCAUAUGAAACUGAGAUGUACCUUAAAAGAGCCGUUGAAGAUUGCAAGAAGAACGGAACACUUCUAACUACCUCAAAGGUCAAGGCAGACAUACUAGAGAAAUUGGCUGAAACUGUAUAUUCAUAUACAGCCUAUCCGUCAAGUGCCCAGAUCUGUGAUGUUGCUGAAGUACUGGUUCAGAAAUAUCCUUGCCUCAAGGAACCUGGCUCCUUCUCUGGUUACUAUGGCUGGCAACAAAGCAUCAAAUACAAGAUGGCCAAUUAUCGCACCAAACUUCGAGGCUUUGGUGUUCCUGAGGUGAUAUGCAAUGCGGUAAAGCACAAGAGGCCUGCUGAUCAGAAGUCUGCAAAGAACGUAAAAAAAAAACCCAGGAAAGCAGAGGUAAACUACCUGCCCCCUUACCCAGCAAGAGAGGACGAAGAAAGUCAAGAAAACGAAAGGAUUGAGUUGCUCACUGAAUUAAAGAAAAGGGACAAUGCCACACUAAUAAAAGAAAAAAUGGCCAAAACAUUUGCGCACAGAAGACACGAAAUCAUCAACCAGACACCCAGCAUAGAAGACAUUAAAACCAGAUGGCCUGCUCUGUUUAAGGCAUCUCAUCUCCAGGAUGAGUUUCACAGAAUCACAACAGUGCACCUUGAAUCAAAGUUCAUGUCCAAGCUGGAUGAAUAUACUCCAAAGCUUCUGGCACUCUUCCAUUCCAAGGGUGGAGCCCAAGGGUUGAGGUUAAAAGCUAUCCUACACAAGGUAUCCUUCAAUUACUUCUCAGUUUGUUAAUAACUAACUUAAACUGGAGAAAUAUAAUUUGCAAAUUGGUUAACUCUUCGGCAUGAAAUUAUAUAGUUUAUACAAAACUUAGUUGCCGAAUGGUUAAUGUGGGGCAUCUGGUAAGUAUUUUUUUGGAGUAUAUUAAAGCUGUGUUUGGGUAAUCUAUGUAUGCAUAUGCCUUCCGUGUCAGGGACACCAGCCAAAUGGGUAUGCAUGUAGGUCCUUUGAGGUUGAGCCUGCUACAGUGAUAGAAAGUGAUCAUAAACCACAUAAAGGAUCCUUGAUAGACAUUUGUUUAACAUUAAUAUAGUCCAUAUGCUGAUUUUUUUUUUUUUACAAUUGUGUUAUUGUGUGUUCUUUCAUUUUUACUGUAAAAUAACAACAGCAUAUGAUAAUGAAGAAUAAGGAUUGUUAUCAUUUCAGGCUCCCAG